AAACAAGCUGUUUGUGCUGUCUGCUGAAAAAAUUCUCAACAUAGCUCCUGAGGAUCCUCUAGCCGCGUCUUUUUAUAAGAUGUGACUAAAGCCCACGAUGGCAGCCACGGACGGCCAAGUCGUAGUCGCAGCAUCCCGCUGGUCCGAUGAAGGAAACUACCUCCGGGAGUAUGUCGCUAAAUACCGGCUGCCCAAUGUCGCCAAGAUCAUCAAGGGACAGUACGGCGGGCUUGGCGUGCCCACUUUGCCAAGCCCUAGUCUACAGAGCACUGCCUUGCUUGUUUCAGCUGGAAAGAGCAAGAAGAUAAUAGCGCAAGCCAUCAAACUAAAAGAAGGAAGACGAAUGGUCAGUGUUGGACCACGGAUCGCCAUCCCAGAUACAUACAAAGGCUAUUUUGAGUUACUUAGCGAGGAAGGGAGGGCAGUCAGAUGCAUAGAAUCUGUUGCAGAACUAGCUAGGAGAAGACUCGAUGAUGGUUGUCUUGUCAGAGAACCUAUCAGAGUAAUUUGUGGUAAAACUGACUUAGAAGGAACGGUGACCGCCGACGGUGCAAGAAGUUUACCAGCAGGUGAAGUCAUCAUGCCUAGAGGGGAAGCAUACUUAGGGAAAAACAAAUAUUUAAAGUGUACGGAUUCCAAAGGAGACGUCGUUCUUCUCAGUUUAGAUCAAAGAGGAAAAUUCUCUGCUGUCGCCAAGGAAGAAAAUAUAAGUGGGGUUCAUACUGCAAAAACAUUACUGACAAAACGACUGCCUAUUACUGUGAGACUUGUGCAUGGUUCUCCUCCUAGAGGCUUAAAAAGUUCAAACCAUUUUGUCCCAGAAAUUCGACUUCUAUCUAUGUUCGAAGAAGAGCACGUUUUCGCCUUACCGCUGCAAAAAGAAGGAAACGCAUUAGUAGCUUUGCCUUUAGCUGCACCAAUCAAAAUGUUGAGAUGCAAAAACGAAGAACAGAUAAAAAACUUUAUGGAAUUUUCUAGGCUCGUCGAAAAAUGUAAUCGCUUGUUAGUCGAAGUGGUUGAUAGGAUACACGUGUUAGAUGGAAAACUGGGCGAUCCUAAAAGGCUUUUAAAUGCUCCUCUUCAUGCACCAGCGUUACUUAAAACUGGUUAUUUCUUACGGAGAAGUGCGUCUUCAGACACGGCCAAUCAACAUAAACAUUUGUCUAGGCAUAGCCAUAUUUACAGUAGCCACAGAGAUGAGAAUAGUAUUCCUGAUGAGAACGAAGAAAUCGAUCGGAUCUACGAUUACGUACGAGGCUUCGCUCCUCUUCCUAAGAACAUAAAAUCAUCUUACACAAAUGAACCAACUCAAAAACACGAAACUGCUCCAUCUUCCCCUGCAGCUACGCCUAUCCACAUGCCUUUAAUAACGGAGAUUAAACCAGAGCCACCUCCAAUAGAAACUAUUCCAUCCAAAAAACCUCUAAAUCAGAAAGCAGAGAAGAGGACGCGUAAAACUGCCGUAACCACAAAAGAAGUUCCCAUAACGGUUUAUAAAGAAAAAUGUUCCAUCGCUCCAGCGCCGAACCUCCCUAAAUUGUAUAUCAAAAACGGUAUCAGUAACAAUAAAAGUAGGAUGGUUUUCAGACAGAAAAGCAACUCACCGACUAAAGAGUCUCCUAGUCCUAUAGCUAGUCCAAUCAGACCGUUAACGAAAGGCGAUUCCCCGAUCUUCAAUAUUAGAUAUAAGAGUCUUUCAAACAUUCAUCAAGCUAUGGAACUUGAUGGCACCCUAGAUUCGAGCCACUCAGGAGGUCGGACAUCCGGGGACUCGGGAAACGGUCCCAAGCUUCCUGAAAAAAGAUCAAGGAAACUUAGCAGGCCUAAAUCUCUCACCAACCUGGUUUGGGAAAUGAAAGGUUGUCCGGUAGAGACAGUAGAGAAGCCUAAGGUUCGGAGUAAAAAUGAAGGGUACAAGAAGAUCGGAAACAAGUUGUCCCUAGGAGCACAGAAGAGGGUACCGACGUUGUAUCUCUAAAUUCUUGGGUGCAAUGGUGAAGAUCUUCGAAGAUGAACGAGACAAGUGUCUCCGGACUGAAGUGCGCCUGCAGCCAACACUUUAGCAUAGACCAAGGACGAUUUUACAGCUGAAGUAGAUGGCACUGUAUGACCCCGUACGGUCAAAGAAUAUAAUUGCGGUACCAUUUCAUACUUUAUCACAGUGACAACAGUCAUCAUCAUCAUCAUCAUCUCAGCCAUAAGACGUCCACUGCUGAACAUAGGCCUCCCCCUUGACUUGAGUGACAACAGUAUGAGGUCAAUAUUAGCGACUUUCACUCUGAUUGUCACUGGGACAAGGUACGAAAUGGUACGGAAAUUAAAUUCUUUGACUGUAUAUUGUACAGUUACUGGGUUGUCAAGCGCUAACUUUUGACAAUCUAGUUACCAGAUAACGCAUACUUCAGAUGUAAACUUUUCAGCUACAAUAUUUUGCACUAAUUUACGCGUCUUAUUAAUUUCUUUAUCUAUGACUUGAGCUAUCACCGUCACAUAGUAUUUUAACCUUGUAUGUUCCCCUUGAAACCGAGCCCCUACUUAGCAGAGUACACAACUUUGUUAAAAGUUUUCGUACCUUUUGAUAACGAUAUAUUUCUUAUAGGAACCUAUAGGUUGUCUAACGUAAAUUAUCGUUAAAAUACUAAAAAUCUAAUAUGGUAAUCGAACUUAGUUGUUGGGUCUUUUCAAAAACCCGAUUAGACGUUUAUAACUUCAACAUUUUUUAUGGAACAUACUUUACUCUCGUUUGAUCAGAUUGAUACUAAGAUAGACGUCCGAUUGCUCGUCUCUGUCCCAACACAUGUCAUGAAGAUGACAGCGUGGCAUCUAAUGGGUAUUAACAUGUCGAACACUGGAACGUUUACCUUACACUAAACAUCAAAAACUAGUUUCUUCUUAUCAAUUCAUUCAUUUUUAUUAUUUAAACGAACGAACGAUUUUUACUUCACACGAGUUGGUGCGAAGUAAUCCCUCGAUACAUUUAAUCUUUGUUAAAUAUAGUCCAUUAUAUUAUGACAAAGUAAAAGUUUAUAGAAGCUGAAAAUAUGUAUUAGUACAGAAUUGUUACGGUUUCGUUAAAUACUCAUACGAUGACAUCAUCGACAGGUAAAAAGUCCAUUAACACCCUGCCAAUGUUUUCAUCAAUAUAUGUAUAUUCUAAAACACUUCUAAAAGUUUACAUUAAUCAGUCAUAUAUUAUAUUUAAAUUUGUAGCCCUUAGCUCUGACUUCUACUAUAACAAUGCUGAAAAAACUUCAGUUACAACGUUAUUUCACAUGGUCCUUACAUUUUCAAAGACCAUACUCGGUCAACAGCUUUGUAGAACGUGUGUAUGAUCUCUUUAUGGAUAAUUAAUAUUGUUAUUUAUGAUUUAAUGCCAUAUUACGGUAUAAUUUUCCCUAGUUGGUAAGUUAGGGUAAGAAAACCUGUUUCUUUUCAUUUGCUAAUGCACCAGAAUAUAAAGAAGAAUUGAUGUUUGAACUUUGACGUACCCUUGUAUUUGUAACAUAAGCAAAGUUGUACCCAUGCUUGAUGUUUAUUGAUAAUCGAAUUAAUUAUACGCCCAAAUUAUUGUCCUUACACUAAUAAAUAUGAAAUAAAAAUGCCGAAACGUUAGUUCUAGUUAUUUUUACUAUCUGGCCAGUACAAAAUGGCGAUACUCUGAAUUGUAACAGGUUAUGAAUUUGCUCUAACUGAAUUUCUGGUUGAAGAAAUGUCACUUUUAACAGUGACAUCAUAACAAAUCGAGAUCAAAUUCAUAACCUGUUAUUACAAUUUGAAUAAGCCUCCUUACUUGUAAUGUACCUAUACGUACUUCAUUCAAACGGAUAUUGCUUAUAAUACAGGCAACAGGUUUGUAAAACGGCUGGCGAUGCCUUUUAAUUAACAGUAUAAAAGACAUUAACUUUUUUUAUGAAACGUUUACGUUUAAAAAAAAACACGACGAAAAGAUGACAUGUUGAUUAAGCUGUCGCCAACUCUAUGUGAAUAAAUAAAUAAUUAAAUUGAUUUGAAAUGACCUCCGGUUUAUAUGUUUAAUAUCUAGUUGAUAAAAAAUAUAAAAUUCAGAACCAAAAACAUGAGGUGCCUUAUUUUAGUGAAAUAAUUUCGCAUUCUUCAAAAAUAUUUGCAAUGUUACUUAGAAAAGUGUAGGGUAGGUAUUAUAACUAAUGGCUAAUUUUUAAGAGAAACAGUCACAACAUAUCUAAGUAGGUUAAGCAAUUUUGUAUGCAUUUAUCGUUUGUAUGUACCUAGUUUGAUUAGUUGUUUUUUAUCAUUGGAAUGUUUCCUAAGCACUAACAUUAUAAGCCAAAAGCUCGCAGUCCAACAGAAAAACAGAAACAGAAACAGAAAAAUCUAAAAACAAGCGAAACCCAAAUUUAGUAUCUUCAUAGUCUUCCAAACUUAUUAAGUUCGAUCGAUAAGUCAAUGUUUUUGGGCGUUUCAUAUUUUAAUUGACAAGAUUGACAGUCGCAAUUGAUCACCUUGGGUAUCUGUACGGAUAUAAUGGUCGUAUUUGUCUACGUGACAGCGUGAUAAAACGGUGUCCGUCUCUUUCUAUCCCGCAGAGUUAAAAAGUGACAGUUGUUUUAUCACGUGGAUAAAUGUGGAUAAAGCAAUCCAUAAUAGGCUUGCUGGAUGGAUAAUAGCGCUGCAGUUCAUUAUUUGGUUCCAACUUAAUUUUACGUGAAAACUGCUUCCCAAUAUGAGACCUUACAUUGUUUAGUAACACGACUCGAUAUUUGAAUUUAUUAACCGUAUUAAUAAGUAACACUAUUAGAAUGAUAAUUUUCUCGGAGGUUCGAAUUGAAAAGCAACAACCAUUAUUUUGAAUCUUUGAUUUACUUAUCAUUUCACACCGAUUUAUAAAAUCUAUUAAAUAUUUAUAUAUGUUUAAUUCCAAAUAUAACUCGCUUAGAAUAAAGCUUAAUCCUAAUCGUCAUAUUUUAUGAUACCUUUUAUUACUAUAAUAUAAUUUUGUCAUUAGUUGAUACUUUUUUCAAUGAAUGUUGUCAGUCUCGAGAUAAUAUUGUAAUUCAUAAGAAAUAAUAAACGAAUGAUAUCGAA